UUUGUGUGUGUGAAUCUAAAUAUAAACCAAGACCACCCAUUUCAGAAGAGUGCGCACGGAAUCUCCUUUUCUCUUGGUGUUCGAGAUCGCGGAGUAGUAGUAGACGGAGAAAACAUAUGUAGUCUAUGUAAAUAGUUUUUAUUACCACCAAAAAUAAACUUUGAUAAGCAACGCACAUUAGAACAGCGUUCGAUCGGACCACACAAGGAGUAUGGAGAAGAAUUCUGUCAGCCCCUCUGGGUCUGACCAUACAGGAAGUUCGAAGGGUCAGAACAUGCCUCCACCCACCGGAACAGAAGAGGUGAGGAGGAGGCCGCCACGCACACUCCAGCUGAACCCCGCGGAGCAGACGGCUGGAGGGAAACCCAUUUUCUCCUCAAGCGCUCCUAGAGUCAGGCCAAGGAGCUCCCCUCUCAUCGAAAAACUGCAGGCCAAUCUUGCAUUAAGCCCUACAACCCUGUUACCUACAUCCAGGAGUUCGGAGGUGAAUCUGCCGCCCAGCCCUUUCUCUCCCGGCCACGCCCACAGCCCCUUCGGGCUGCCCAGCCCCGCCCUGAGCUCCCCCGGCCCCACCCCAGGGAGUGAGGAGGAGGCCCCCAUCAGCUUUGAGCGCCCUCCUGAAGGGACUGCACUCCCCAGCAUCAAUAAGGACCGAGCUCGGCUGUCAUUCAAGCGUCGGCCGCCCACGCGACAGCUCAGGAAGUCCUGCAGCGAGGAGCCUGCUGGGGAGGAGGGGGCAGCCGGGGGGCAGAGCUCCCCGUGUCAGCUAGACGGCCAGCAAAAGAACGAGGGAGCGGAGGAAGAGGCCGAGAGGACAAACAGGAAGGUCAAAGGGGUCAGGGCAAGGAAAUCUUCAGGGAGGGACGGUGGAGGAGCAGAUGAGGACGGAGAGGAAACGGUAGCUGUCACACAGGAAGUGAAGUCAGCCCCAGAUGAGGCUCCCGCUGCGCCCGAGGGGGAGGGGCUACCCGGGGAGCCAUGCUCAGAGGACAGGGUCAGAGCCAAUCAGGAAGAGGGGGCGGAGACACAGCCCCAGGAGGAGGAGGAGGGAGAGAAUGUGAUUGGCCCAGAUGAGGUGACAAUUGAAGUCUCAGUCAAGUGAUUCUCCUUGAAUCUGGAGAUUUGGUGUUAUCGCGAUGCCACGGGGGGGCGCUCCAACUCCUCGGCAUUACUGAUAUUUGAGUUUGGACUUUUUUUUUUUGUUUCUACAAAUGCAUAACAGCAUCAAAGAAUUAAAAUUGAAAGCAUUCCUGAGAUGUGUGCCGCAAGAGACGACCAGUGAUGUUACAAAUGGUUUCCUGCUCAUAAAGUAUCUUAUACCUGUCUAGGUUUCAUAUAUAAUUUUGUAUAUUAUUAAAUGUAUUAUUAUACAGUAAUUAUUUGUCAUCCCUUUAUAUCUAAACCCUAAUGACAGAUAAUUUAAUAAAAUCUUCGCACUGAAAUAA